AUGUCUCCGAGGCCCCCGCAGGCGAUGGUGUUCCCCAAGGGUGACCGCUCGGCCCCCCGUACCCUCCUCAUCCGAAACCCCACCGAGAAAGAGAUUGUGCUCAAACUCGUCCCCUCCUGCUCGCGCGCCAUCUCGAUCCCGUGCCCGUGCUUGAUGUUGAAGCCGCGAAAGUACGCCGAGGUGAAGGUGACGUUCAACCCGGAGCUGUCCGAGCGCGACUGGCGCACGCAUCACCUGUCGGUGUACGCCCGCGCCGUCCACCCCUACAACGUGGGCAAGCUGCGCAUGUGGCUGAAGGGGUCGGCUGUCAGCCGGCGACAGCUCGUCACCCAGCUCGCGCUCAGCCUCGAGGCGAUCCGUUUUUCCGCCCAGGAGGUGAUCGUCGACCUGCCCGGCGGCGCCCAAAUGUGGGAGUCGGUCACGCGCGCCACCCCGGCCAUCGACGACUCGGACACGUUCACCUGUUUGCCGAUCGACGGCGACACGCAAACCGCCGUCGUGCCGGCCCCCGAAGAGCUCGAGCAGGCCAAGCGGACCGUCCUCGAACCCGAGCCGUGCUGCUGGCUGCUUGGUCCGCUGCUCGACAUGCUGUUCCCGCCGCUCGAGCCGGGCCGGGGCGCCUCGCAGAUGGACUUCCAGCCGUGCGCCGGCUACGCCAGUCGACAGCCCGAAGAGGAACCGCGCGACCAGCAAGCC